AUGACUCCUACCUCCGAGCCCGAGUGCCAGCCUGAGAAGAUCCAGGGCCUCCACCAGCUGACCAUCGCUGUGCUGUCUGUGUCCUUUGCGGUCGGCGUGGUGGCCAACGGGCCGGUGCUCUGGAUGAUGGUUUUCCAAAUGCCUCGCACUGUUACCACCAUCUGGUUCUCCCACCUGGUCUUCACAGACUUCAUGGCCUUACUGCCCUUGCCGAUCACCAUAUAUAGCUUGGUCCCUGGCCAGUGGCCCCUCACAGCUGCAGCCUGCAAGCUCUACAUCACCUUCUUGGCCAUCAGCUUCUUCACCAGCAUCUGGUUCCUGGUCCUCAUCUCCCUGGACCGUUGCAUCUCCGUCGUUUACUCGGUCUGGUCCUGAAACCACCGCACCGUGCAGCGAGCAGCCUGGCUGGCUGUGUGUGUGUGGCUCCUGGCUCUUGUCACUUGCUCUCCAAACUUGAUUUUCCAAGACGCUGAAAAACAGAAGGGAUGUGAAUACUGCAGCUUCAAGUUUACCACAAGGGCCAGGAAUGACUCCAAGGCUGAGGAGGAGAGAGUCGCGGUGACCCUCAUCCACAUCCUGCUGGGCUUCUUGGCGCCCUUGGUGAUCAUCGGCACCUGUGCCUACCUCAUCCGCACUCGGCUUCGGCAGGAAGGCUGUGCCCAUGCCCGCUGGCCAAAGAGGCUGCUGCUCGUGCUGGUGAGCGCCUUUUUUGCCUUCUGGUUCCCGUUUAACACGGUGCUAGUGGCCUGACUGUGGCAAGCCAGAGAUAAGUUGCAGCCCAUCCUCUGGGCUACCUUCUCCAUGGGUUGUUUCAACAGCUGCCUCAACCCUUUCCUGUAUGUCUUCAUUGGCAGAGAUUUCCAAGAUAAGUUUUUCCAGUCUUUACCUUCUGUCUUGGCCCGGGCAUUUGGCGAGGAGGGGUUUUUCUCAGCCUGUCCCCAAGGUGAAGCCCCCAGGGAAUGAUGGGAACCUUCAGAUACAAGCUGGAAGCCCUCCUGCUUAGUUUUCAGCCCCUUCCCCAGGCUGACUUCUGAGACUCUGCCAAAUCCUGCCUCUUCUUUCAGGAAGUCUUCCUGGCAAUCUCUUAUCUAAAUCUCUCCAAUAGGAACAAAAUCUAUUUCACCUUCCUUUAUAGUGAGACUCUUACUUGUUUCAGGCUAAUCACAAGGUUAGUCAAGGAAAAAAAGGCUUCAUUCCCCAGUGUCCCUUGCAACUAGAGAUGGCCCUGUGACUACUUCCUGCCAAUAAUAAGUGAGUGAAAGUAAUCAAUGUAACUUCCUUGAAGUGCCCUUAAUGGAAGGUGCCUGCCCUCCAUUCCUCCAUUUCACCCUUUCUAUUGUCUAGAAUGAAAGUGUAUCAUUAGCUUUGCAGUGUAAAAAACAUCUCCAAAUCUAGAGGCUUGAAAUAAUAACCUUUUGUGAUUUCUUUGGGUCAUCACCUUGGGCAGGGCUCAGCUGAGCAGUUUUCUGUUUUGGCUGGGCUUCCUCAGACAUUUGUGGUCAGCUAUGGAUGUGAGAAGGCAAUGGCACCCCACUCCAGUACUCUUGCCUGGAAAAUCCCAUGGAUGGAAGAGCCUGGUGCAGCCCAUGGGGUCGCUAAGA